GCUGAUGCAAUCCAGUUUUAAUUAUUACGAAUUCAAAAAAUGAUGAUUUUUAAGGAGAUCGAUGCCAUAUGUUACGCAUAAUUAUAGUAUUAAAAUUACCGAAGGAAGUGAUAUAUCCUGUUUCUCAUCUUAUCCACGUGGAUCGUGGACCCCUCCUCUUCCACGGAACUAUCACUAUCUGAAGAUCAUCUUCCCGAGUAAAAGCCGCGUGCUAACCGAGUGCGGGCACAGACAGCAUCAUGAGCUUGAUUUUUAAACGGACUCCUAGUGACAGUGAAUUAAUCGUAUAUCUUAACGAUAAGUGACAAGUGUCGAUCGUUUCUCGAAAAAGCAAGUGAAAAGAGACUUCCACGAUAUUUCAUUUGAGUUGUGUGCAGAAAAGAAAAUCCCCAUUUCUCAUUAUUUAACGAAUCUUCGUUAUUUCGUUGAUUCUGUUUUAAAUCGACAAGGAUUUGUCGCAUAGAAUUCUUCGAGAAUUUUUCAGGAUGACGAGAAUAAGACUAGUGUUUCUCUUGGCGACAGUAUGGAUUACCCUGACGAGAUCUCAAGAUCCAGAGAUCUCCUCGACAAAUUUAGAUGUGACCCAACCACCGAUAAAACUGGAUAAAAAUCUUCGUCGAGCUUUGUUGAAAGCCCUGACCGACCUAGAAGCCGAAUCAGCCGAGCAAUACAAAGAUGAAUCGGAAACCAUCUCUCAAAGGGACACGAGCGCGUUCGAGGGUAUAGCAAAAAAGAAUUUGAAUGACAAUCUAGGUGUACAAAAGACCACAUUCUCUUUCAAGAGCUUCCCAGGCGACGAUGACGUACCAAGCGAAGAUAAAUUACAGAAUUCCAGUUUUGUCGAAGGUAUUCGUUACGUAACACUUAAUACACCUUCGAUGAAUAUCGAGAAAGCGACACAAGAAGACGCCAGAAGCUUUCACGUUCAGAACGUGAUAUUGCCAGAGAAAAAGUCAAAUUUCAGAAGCGAAUCGAAGGAACAGCGUGAGAAGACACCUGCCACGAUGAAUAUCUUCCCUGUAAAUAAAAUGGAAAGUUUAACACAGAAACCAGCGGAUGUUUCCGAGAGUCUAACCAGAAGUGCUUCAAAUAGCAUUGCAAACGCGUUAGUCAGUCCUAAACCAACCGUAGUUACUCCUACAGUUUCAACGAAAAAUAACGUGACAAUAACGGAAUUAGAUGAUUCUAAAGACAAAACGGAGGAGGUUAAAAUCUUCCAGGCGCCUUUGGUUGCAGCAUUCACUGUGCAACAAGACGAACAAGGCGUACCCAAGAGCGUCGUUCCGAUCUUCAGAUCGCCUAACGAUGGACAAGCUCUGACUCUUCAAGAGCAACUAGAAUUUAAACAACAACUUUUGGAAAAACAAUUGGCAGAGCUUCAACAGCAACAGUUUCAACAGACGCAGUUUCUAGUGAGGCAGCAGCAACUAUACGAACAACAAUUGAGACAGAAACAACAACAACAAUACUAUCUUCAGGAACAAGUCAGGAUCAAACAGUUAGAGGAACAGACCAAGCUUAAACAACUGGAAGAACAAAGGCUCAAGCAGUUGGAGGAGCAGAGGUUGAAUCGAUUCCAACUUCCUCCUGUACCACAGAAGCAGUUCUUCUUCGAUCAGAGCAACAACUUCUUGACGUUCCAGCCUCCUGUCGAGUCCAACGUUCACCUACAACCUAGCCUGACUUUAGAAGUGCCAAAUGUAGCUGCGCCUCCAACCUUCCAACCGAUCUUCCAACAAGACUCAUUGCGUCUGCAACCCUUCCGGCAACAGCAGCAAUCACAAUACCUCCAUCAGCAGCAACAGAUUCAACCGCAACAGUUGCAACAAUCGCAACAACAACACCAGAGACUUCAGCAGAGCUUCGGCUCGUUCUCGACCGAUUUCCAGCCUUCGGUAUCCACGAGAUUCAAUCGUCAGGAGGCUUUUAAUUUGGUGGGAAAUUUUGGUUUCAACGGAGACAAUAAGAUCCCAGCCAACAGAGGCAACUUUGGCUUCGUUCCACCGCACAGAACUCCAGCGAAUUUCUACAAUCCUUAUGCCCAGUUCAAGCAAUCGAAGCCUCCCACGCCGGCAAGGCAGAUUCAACAUCUGCUGUACCAAUCUGGAAUCGCUGGCGAUCCGAAUAACGUGCAAGGAAUUGGAAAUCCGGAAGAUUUGAAUAUCGUUUCGAAGGUUCUGGCUCUGAACGUGGGCGCAGUGCCGAAUAAGAAUCUCCAGUUCGCGACGAAUCCGGGUUCCAGGUCGUUGGGAAAAAAUUCCGCGUGAAGAAAGAAGAUGGAGGAUGGAGUUAGAGACGAGUCAUGUAAAUCGGUGCGGAGGACGAUAUUAGUAAGGUGAAAUCGAGCUCUCACUUUUUUCCCUUCUUGGUCCCCCUUUAACCGCCUUCCCGAGUUUCGAAAUCUUGCGUGUCGCGGAUAAUAAUAUUCCUCUGGGGAGUUAUGGAGAUCAUGAUAAUUAGAGCAAUGAUGAGUUCAUCCUCAAGAAUUAGAUUCAUAGAUAGACUGUGGAUGUUUAUGCAUACUUUUUAUUUUCUAUUUGUAAUGAUGAUGAGAUGAAUUUGGAUGGAAUUUCAUUUUAUUUAUGAAAGACGUUUUGAUGUAAUUAUCGAUUAAAAUUUUA